ACAUUCAUUUGACAUAUUUGCUUUAUAGAAUGACCACUUUUCCUAGUGGCAACACCAACAUUGUAUUUUUGCAGAGAGUUAAUCUACAAAACCAUCUGAAAUAAGAAAUUAAGUUAAAAUGUCGUUUUAUGUAAAUAGUGGGAGGCUAUUAGCAAGACAAAUUCUAAAUACACGCCGGCAUAAUGCGCUGAUGGUAAAUCAAUACAGGACUAAGACCUCGACUCCAAUCAACACCAUCAUUAUGUUCGUUCCACAACAGGAGGCAUGGAUUGUGGAACGUAUGGGUCGGUUUCAUCGCAUUCUAGAGCCGGGGUUAAAUGUCCUACUACCAAUCGUAGACAAAAUAAAAUAUGUACAAAGUCUGAAAGAAAUUGCUAUUGAUGUUCCAAAACAAAGUGCCAUCACUUCCGACAAUGUUACUCUCAGCAUUGAUGGUGUAUUGUAUUUACGAAUUAUUGACCCGUAUCGAGCUUCGUACGGCGUUGAAGAUCCAGAGUUUGCCAUUACUCAAUUGGCUCAAACAACUAUGCGCUCAGAGUUGGGUAAAAUGUCUCUGGAUAAAGUCUUUCGAGAAAGAGAGUCGCUCAAUGUUAGCAUCGUUGAUUCGAUAAACAAAGCUAGUGAAGCUUGGGGUAUAGCAUGUUUGCGCUACGAAAUUCGGGAUAUAAGACUUCCUUCAAGAGUACAUGAAGCUAUGCAAAUGCAAGUUGAAGCGGAACGCAGAAAGCGUGCUGCUAUUUUGGAAUCUGAGGGCAGACGAGAAGCAGAAAUAAAUAUUGCCGAGGGUAAACGCCAGUCGCGGAUAUUGGCUUCAGAGGCCGACCGCCAGGAGCAAAUAAACAAAGCUAGUGGUGAGGCAGCGGCUAUGCUGGCUGUAGCUGAUGCAAGAGCCCGUGGUCUUCUGACGUUGUCGAAAGCAUUGCAUGAUAUGAACGGAAAGAACGCCGCUUCAUUAACCUUAGCUGAACAAUACAUUUCCGCCUUUAAGCAUUUAGCCAAAACCAAUAAUACAUUAAUUCUUCCUGCCAACACGGGGGAUAUUUCGUCAUUUGUUGCCCAAGCAUUGAGUGUAUAUAAAAAUGUGUCCACACACAACUUGGAGUCGCAGGUUCCCAACAACAACAAUGAAUUUGGACUGAAUACGUCAAGUGUAAUGAAUGAAGAUGAUGACACCUCCGACUUGAAAGAACGAAAGAAGCUUCAAGCUGCAAACGUAUCAAAAAUAGAUAUUGAAUAACAAGAAAAAUAAAAAAAUAAAACUGUUAUACAAAUUGUGUAGAA